AUGAUGCUGCGACGCGUGUUUUGUUUUCUGGUUUUGCUUCUUAGCAUUACCUGUGUGUGUGUAGCGAAAGAAGAGACUGAAGAAGAGGCACCUGCUCAUGAUCCUCUUUCUAAUCCACUAACACCUUCGGGUGAUCUUCCUUUUGGUUCUCCAGGUUCUUGUCCUGGUGGUGCUGAUGCUGCUAGUAGUGCUGGUUGCCCUACUGAGAGUGCUGAAAAAUCUUGUCCUCCUGAUUCUUCUGGUUCUGCCGGUACUCAACCUCAAUGUAUUGAACAUACAGCAAAGGUACAGGUUCCACCUGGACCGAAGACACCUGUUGAUGAUACUAAAGGUGACACUGGUCGUCAAGGGUCUGUAGGUGAAAGGGGUUCUGCAGGGUCUAAGGGUGAUUCUUCUACUUGUUCUGCUACUGGUGCUGCUUCUACUAGCGCUACUGGCGGCAUUUGCACUUCUGGUACUGCUGGUGCCCUUUCAGGUGAUCGUGGUGAGGUGCACACACAACUUCCACAAAUACAAAGUUCCCAACAUGAACUUCAAUCUCACGUUGUCAACGUUGCGGAGGAACAGCAACGACAGGGACACCUGGAAUCUACCAAAGGGGAACAACCACAGUUAACGAGUCAAACCAAAACACGUGAAUCUUCUCCAGAUCAAGUCACCGAUUCUACACUGGAAGACGGUAGGAAGCCCCUACCCCACAACGACUCUCAAUCACAAACAGGGUCACCUGAUCAAGAGAACACAGAGACCACAAAAACAACAACGCCAGAAAAAGUAGAAGGGCAAGAAAUAUCACAUGGUCAAACUCCUAAUACAGAUGACAGUUCACACAGCACUUCACCUAGAGAUGAUGCUCAGAAUAAUCACGAUGAAAGUGAAACUAAUGUUGUUGCAAACCCUACAGAAGGUGAAUCAACCAGUAAUGAGGAAUCAACCUCAACCACCACCACCACCACAACAACAACAACAACAACACUUCCUCCUUUGCCUGCAAACAACAAGAAGGGUGAUGCAGACAGCAGCAGCAGUAUCAGCAGUUCUGUGUGGGUGCGUGUACCACUACUGAUUGUGGUUACACUGGCCUGUAUUCUUGUGUGCUGA